AUGAAACACUUUAUAGGAAACAGUCAAGGGUCUGUGACAAAAGAGUUCUUCAAAAGCUGCGAGGAAGAGCUGAACAAGGUGAACCUCUUCUUUUCAGAGAAGCUAUCAGAAGCUCACAAAAGAUUGGCAACAUUUGGGAUUGUAGCCCAGGAAUUUUCUGGAUCCAGAGUUCAAGAAGAUAACUGUGUCAUCAGUGUUUUACCACCUACCAAAAGAAGAAGAACCAGUCUAAAACAAAUCAAAAUGGCAGUGGGUGAACUAUACCUGAGCUUGGCCUUUCUGCAAAAAUACCAGGAAUUUAACUACAAGUGUUUCUGCAAGAUCACCACAAUGUAUGAUUCAAAGUUUGGUUGUGAACAUGGCCUAAAAUGGAGAAAUGAGAGGCUUGACACAUCUCUGCUCAACACGGCCAAAGGCCAAUGUGAACAUCUCAUGUCUAAAUUGGAGACGUUCAUGAUCCAGCUGGAAGGGGGUGACAAAUUGAGAGCGAUGAAGAGACUUGAGGUCCCACCAAUGGACAAAGCAACGAAAGUCGGAGUGUGGAUAAUGUUUCGGAUUGGCUUUGCUUGCGGCCUUGUCAUGGGUUUACUUACCGCUAUAGCUUUCAGAGUGUUAAAUGAAACAGACCUGGAGCUCCUGAAGCCUCAGCUGCAGCUUUACAAGGGAAGUUUCCUGCUGAUUGAAUUUCUGUUCCUGAUUGGACUGAACCUGUACUGCUUUGAUAUAUCAGCAAUAAAUCACACACUCAUUUUUGGACUGGAUCCCAGAGAUCACCUCUCAUACUAUCAUAUUUUCGAGAUGGCCGGGGGUCUGACUGUGUGCUGGUGCACCAGUGUACUGGCUAGCCUUCAUCCUUCUGUGUUGUCAGUCCCACAGCAGCUCCACCCACUACUUUUUCACAGCUUCCUAGUAUUUCUGCUACUAAACCCUUUCUCCAUAUUUCACACCCAGGCUCGUCACUGGCUCAUAGUCACAAUGAGUAAGGUCUUGGCAGCCCCUUUUCAGCCUGUGGGCUUUGCAGAAUGCUGGCUAGCUGAUCAAUUCAACAGCCUUAGCCCUCUGUUCCUUGGCUUGAGGGAUCUGCUGUGCUUCUAUACAUAUCAAAUCAACUGGAGAGAUAUGUGGUCUGACAGCCCUCUAUCAGUGAGUCUGGACUGUGGACUUUUUAGUAUGCCUGUAACCUGUCUGAUCCAGUGCUUUCCACCAUGGCUGAGAUUUGCACAAUGCCUGAGGUGUUUCUGGGACACUGGCCACAUGCUACAUCUCCUGAACGCAGGAAAAUACUUCACUGUGUUUCUUAUGGUCACAUUCGCUGGCCUCUACAACAUGGCCAGAGAGAGAUCUGCUCUGCUUGUGGAAGGGAGGAUAUACCUGUAUAUAUGGGCCAUGGUUACCUGUACAGGUGUUCUAGUUACAGUGAGCUGGGAUUUAAGGAUGGACUGGGGAUUACUUCAGGGAAAUGGCCUGCUAAAAGACGAGUUGGUGUUCUCCCAACAGUGGUACUACUAUGCAGCCAUGCUGGCGGAUGUGCUGUUGCGGGUCUCCUGGGCUAUAAAUAUCCUCCUGGCUCAGAUGAAGGAUUCAGCUGCAGCUGCCACAGCAAGUGCCCUGCUGGCACCACUGGAAGUCCUCAGACGUUUUAUAUGGAAUCUCUUUCGGCUGGAAAAUGAGCAACUGAAAAACUGUGAAAAAUGUUGUGCUGUUCAAGAUUUCUGCAACAUCUGGAGACAUCUGGAAAAGGAUCAGGAUGUGCUAUCUAAAGACCAUGACAAAAUCACCACCCGUGCCACAAUAUGCUGUUUACCUCGCCCAAAACGCAGGGUAAAGGAGACAAAACUGCCUGUUGGGGGAACAGAUGCAGAGAUUCAUCUAUGCAUUUAAGGAAGAAAAUCUGUCUGUAUGACUUGAACAAAAUAUAGUUUGAAAUAUUUGAUCAUUUAGGUAGGCAAAUGAGAUGUUAGAUACGAAAAUGAUAAUCCUAUUAACAAUUAAGAAUUCUGUAACUAUCUCUGUUCAUCUAGACCUUAUUGAGACAUUUCACAUGUAUUGUAUUUUCAGCAUUAAAGUAAAA